AUGCCACGAAAACCUAGACGUAAUGUGCCGGAGAUUUUAUGGAGGCUAUUCGAAAAUAGAGCUAGGAAUCUAAAGGACGCAAUAGUAGAUCUGAUUACUGGCCGGGAAAUCCAGCCGGAGCAAUGCCGUUGCCGGGGCCAAGGUUGUCUCGGUUGCAGCCGCGAUAAACCGUCCUUUCUGUUGCGUCCCGAUGAUCCCAUUCACUACCGUAAACUUCUUCACCGCUGCUCCGUAGUAACUCACGAACAAACCCCUCCGCUUCUGGAUUUCAGGCCAACGUCUUGGUGGUCACAGAGAGAGAUUGUCGAAAAGACUAUUGAAAUGAUGGAAUCUGGAUGCGAUUGCCAAAAUGUGAUAUGUGCCAGAUAUGACAAGUAUGAUCAGACCAGCCCUAUUCUGGAGUUAUUGUCAAGUUCAUCCUGGGAGUUUCUUCUCAAACGGGUCGGUCAUGAUUUCAUGGUGUAUCUACUACAGAACACAUCAAUAUUCUUACCAUUUCAAGGAAGGAAACACCAGCAAGUGUCUGGACCUCCUCUAUGUAUCAAGCAAAAGGAGACAUUGACAGUCCACGAAAACAAAAGAAAGAGGGAUGACGACGCUCAUCCAUCAAAGAAGAGGCAGCGGUUUUCUCCUGCUGUCAAUGACUGUCCUAAGGAUAACUCUGAAGCUGUUACGUCCAUAGUUUCGGUGGAUGUAGGCCAACAUAGGGAGCAAAAACCCAGUAAGCGUUCAAGAUUGUAUCUUAAGCGUCGGCGAAAACUGAGAAAUGUCAAUCGCCAAAAAGUUGACAGUGAUGCACCUUGUGUAACUUCUUGUACGAAUGGUAAAUCCUCAACUGGGAAUGAAGCUGAUGAACGGAAUCCGAACAUCAGUAUAAAUGGAAGUCUCACUGACUCUGCAAAGCAGGCUAAACAGGUGAAAAGAAAGAAGCAGUUCAAGUUUGCCAACUCGGAAACGUUUUCAGUUAUACCACCAAAGCACAUUUUGAAAACAUUAAAGCCCAACUGCUCUGAUUCAAAGUCCCUAAUGAACCAUAUAUUUGGUGAAGUAAAUGCUUGGUCAACGGCGCCAUCUCAUGGCAAAGGCAAUUGUCCCAGUGGAUCUAUUUGCUUAUAUCACUCAUUGCUCAAGUCUCUUAAAAGCCUAAUUGGCAAAACAAAGUCCUCUCAUUUGAAAACGUUACUAGAUAAACACUGUCCUGUUCUCUUGCUGCAUGAGGAUGCGUUGAAGUCUGCAAAUGCGAAUUCCCAGAGUUCCUGGAUGAAAAAUUCAGAUAAGCUGCCUCAUGGAUCAAGUUCACAGAAGGGCAAAAUCAACUGUCCCAGUGUUGAAGAAACAAAGCUGUAUUGCACGAAAGACCAAGUUGUUUCCUUCAUAUGGGCCAUCUGUAGGUACAUUAUUCCAGAAAGUUUGCUUGGGACCAAUCAUCAGACGAGGGUGCUUAGAAGAAACAUAGCCUGGUUUGUUUCUAGGCGAAGAAAUGAGAUAUGCACAGUGAAUCAGUUUUUGCAUAAAGUGAAACCAUCAGAUUUCACUUUCUUUGCCAGUAAACAGUUAUGCUGUAUGGUCAACGGGCAUGAACUCCAGAAUGAGUCCAUCAGAAGUACACAGCAGAUGUUGUGCACGAAAUGGAUUUCUUGGCUUUUCUUAGAGAUUGUCAAGAAAUUGGUGCGCUUCAACUUCUAUGCUACUGAACGUCAAGAAGGUCGGCUAAACAUUUACUAUUACCGGAAAUGCAACUGGGAAAGGUUAAUAAGCAAAGAAAUUAGCAAAAACCUUGAUGGAUAUGUCCAAGUGGACGAUGCUGAAGCUGAGAGUAGAAGGACAAAGCUGGAGUUAUUGAACUUUAGAUUUCUACCAAAGGCAAACGGUGUGAGGAUGUUGUUAGAUUUCAGUUCCUCGUCAAGGUUGCAAUCUCUUCGUGACACACAUGCAGUUUUGAAGGAUAUUCAGCUCAAAGAACCAGAAGUCCUUGGGUCUUCUGUUUUUGACCAUGAUGAUUUCUACAGGAACCUAGGCCCAUAUCUGAUCCAUUUGAGAAGUCAAUCUGGAGAACUUCCUGCUUUGUUCUUUGUGGUUGCGGAUGUAUAUAAAGCAUUUGAUUCAAUCGAUCAGGGUAAGCUGCUUGAUGUCGUAAACUGUGUCCUGAAAGAUGAACACAUCUUGAACAGAUGUAGAUUGGUCUGCUGUGGGAAGAGAUCGCGUUGGGUAAACAAUAUACUAGUCUCGACUGACAAAAAUGCUACCAUUUCAAGAUUCACAUCACAUGUUCCAUAUAACGCUCUGCAUAGUAUCAUGGUUGAUCAGGGAGAAGACCAUGUAGUGAGGAAAAAGGAUCUCAUGCUCUGGAUAGAAAAUAUGCUAAAGAACAACAUGCUGCAGUUGGAUAAAAGCUUCUAUGUACAAGUAGCUGGAAUACCACAGGGACACAGGUUAUCAUCUUUGUUAUGCUGUUUUUACUACGGGCACCUCGAGAGGACUUUGAUCUACCCGUUCCUCGAGGAAGCAUCUAGAGAGGCGUCUGCUAGAGAAUGCAAUAGAGAGAAAGAGCUAACCACUCCCCUGAGCUACAAGUUACUGAGAUUUAUCGAUGACUACCUCUUUGUGUCUACCUCAAGAGAUCAGGCCACUAGCUUCUAUCAGAGGUUGAAGCAUGGAUUUCCAGAUUACAACUGCUUCAUGAACGAAAAGAAAUUCUGCAUAAAUUUCGAAGAUGGAGAAGAAUCUAGGAGUUCUUCUAACAGGAUGUAUGUGGGUGAUAAUGGAGUUCCUUUUAUCAGAUGGACGGGUUUGCUUAUUAAUUCCCGCACGUUCGAAGUUCAAGUUGACUACACAAGUCUAAUUUUGGCACUCAAAUCCAUGGAAACCAGGUACUUGAGUGGCCAUAUAAGCUCAACCUUUUCGGUAGCCUGGCAGAACAAACCAGUCGGAAAUCUUAGGCAUAAAUUGUGUUACUUCUUGGUCCCCAAAUGUCACCCCAUUCUCUUUGACUCGAACAUCAACUCGGGAGCAAUUGUCAGGUUAAACAUCUAUCAGAUCUUUCUGUUAGCUGCAAUGAAGUUUCACUCUUAUGUCUACGAGUUGUCCCGGUUUUGGAAGCUGCAUCCUCAGUCUCUGUCCCAAUUCAUCACAAGAUCUAUCAGGUACAUGUUCAAACUCAUAAAUCGAAGGAUGCACAGAAUCAACACUGGUUCUAGUUUCAGACCAGUUCUUAAACUUUACAAAGAAGAAGUGAUGUGGCUUGGAUUACACGCCUACAUUCAAGUACUGAAGAAGAAGAACUCCAGGUAUCGAACCCUAUUGAACUACCUGAAAUGUGCACUUUCGAAACACAAUCUUUCUCUGAAUAUAUCGCCGGAAUUGGAGUAUGCAAUGGACCGCUCAAACUCAUUUUCGCUGUGGAAAUUGAGGUACUGA